GGAUUGGUUUGAAAUCAGCGGAGUGAAGGAAGGAGAAGGAGUGAAGCGACCGAGUUUGCUGCUUAAACUCUCGAAACACUGACUUUCAGGCGAUGUUAUUGCGAAGACAUUAGCGUUACAGGAUUAAUUUAGGUAGAGUUUAGCAUGAGAAACAAACUUUAGAGGUGAGUUGUCGGGGGGGUGCGCAGAGGUUGACGGGACGGUCCGCUGAGGGCUCAACAUGGAUGUCGGGGCUCUGAGGAGGAAUUAAGGCCAUUUCGAGGUUAUUUCUGGUUUGACUGGCGGAGCCGAGGAGGAGUUUAAGGAAACAACCUAUCUACCAGCCUUAAAGAAAUCCUCCGUUUGUUGUUUUGGCUGCAAGCAGAGAUGUCGAGGCUUUGGAGACGAGAUGUGCCGCUCUCGGAGAGGCUCGGUGAGGACUCUCCCCUGGUGGCAGCACCCAGUCUCCCCUUAACAGCAGUCCCGGCGGGUCCAAACAUUUCAUGGCUCCCUGAAGCCCCUCUGCUGACACCAGACCAGCCCAUCUUUCUCAUGACCCCGGCGGCUCAGGCUGUGUCUGGCUUCUUCGUCUGGACUGCACUCCUCCUCACCUGUCACCAGAUCUACAUGCACCUGCGUUUCUACAGCUCACCCAGGGAGCAGCGCCACAUCGUCAGGAUUCUCUUCAUUGUUCCGAUCUACGCCUUUGACUCUUGGCUCAGCCUCCUCUUCUUCACCAACGACCAGUACUACGUGUACUUUGACACGGUCAGGGACUGCUACGAGGCAUUUGUGAUUUAUAACUUCCUGAGUCUUUGCUAUGAAUACCUCGGAGGAGAGAGCGCCAUCAUGGCUGAGAUCAGAGGAAAACCCAUCGAGUCAAGCUGUAUGUACGGCACCUGCUGUCUGGGGGGAAAGGCGUACUCCAUUGGCUUCUUGCGGUUCUGUAAACAAGCCACACUGCAGUUCUGUGUGGUCAAACCACUCAUGGCUAUCAUCACUGUGAUCCUGCAGGCCUACGGCAAAUACAAGGACGGAGACUUCAACGUUGCCGGCGGUUACCUGUACGUCACCAUCGUCUACAACAUCUCCGUCAGCUUGUCUCUCUACGCGCUCUUCCUCUUUUACUUCUCCACCAGGGAGCUACUCCGCCCUUUCAGCCCCAUGCUCAAGUUCUUGAUGGUCAAAUCAGUCAUCUUCCUCUCUUUCUGGCAGGGCAUGUUGCUCGCCAUCCUGGAGAAGUGCGGGGCCAUCCCUCAGAUUAACUCCGUGGAGGUGUCUGUUGGCGAGGGUACGGUCGCUGCUGGUUACCAGAACUUCAUCAUUUGCAUCGAGAUGUUUUUUGCUGCGUUGGCUCUGCGCCACGCUUUCACAUACAGAGUCUACAUGGAUAAGAGUAUGGAUUUACAAGGACGCUGCCCCAUGAAGAGCAUAUCCAGCAGCCUGAAAGAAACCAUGAGCCCUGGCGACAUGGUCCAGGACGCCAUCCACAACUUCUCUCCAGCCUACCAGCAGUACACCCAGCAGUCCACGCUGGAGCAGGGAGCGCCGCCGCCCGUCUCCCGCACGCACGGCACUGUCGGAAGCCACGGCGACUCGGAGAAGACUUUCCUACUAAGCUCUGAUGACGAAUUCUAGAGCAACAACUAAUAAGACUGUUGUAGCGCCAGAUGGUACUUCAUCCUCCUGUGCAGCCAGUCCUCUUCAGUGAUUGGAGAGUUUGUUUUUUCUUUUCUUUGAGACUGAGGAUGUGGACCUUCCUGCAGAGACAUUUCUGCACCCAUACUCCUGAAGCAUCUUAGUCGGUGCUCACUCUUCAGGGUGGUUUUUAUGUUGUUUUUAUGCCAGAAGAUAAAGUGUUGUGUCCGUUUUUGGCACGAGUGUGUGUGAGUGAGCCGCACUCAGGCAGACUGAAUCAUACUCGACUUUUGGCCUGGAAAGAUGCUUAAUUUCACAUUUCAGUUCCAUCUCAUUUCUUUUGCUCUAAUGUGUCUUUCUCAGUGGCAAUAUGUUGUCCUCAUGGACGUUUGAAGUUAGUUUGAAAUGUAAAGGCUCUUUGGUUACCAGAUGUUUCCUGGUUGUGUUUAACAAAAAUGUUCCUGGUCAUGAAAACACUUCAAAAAGUAACACUUGAAUUUUCCUAAGAUCCUUAAAGUUUGAUUUAAUUGUUGCACUUUGUAUAGAGAUUUUAAACCAAGAUAUGAAUUUACAAUA